AUGCCUACAGUUCCCGAAGAUGCUUCGUUGGUGAAUCCCCCACCGCCUUCACCACCAUCGCCGGCGCUUUCGACUGGAUCUCAGUCUUCUUCUAUACCUUCGGCGAGCGUUGAUUCACCUCUCAGUCCGUAUUAUCUCCAUUAUACCGAUAAUACAGGACUUGUUCUAGUUACUCAUUUACUCACCGAAGAAAACUACAUCGUGGAAUCGAUCGAUGUUGAUUGCUUUGUUGUCCACAAACUCAGCCAAUUUGUCUCUCGUCUGGGCAAAGAGCAUCUUGCAGCAGUCUAUCAUCUUUUGCGUUAUUUGAAGAAGGUCCCUGGUGGUGGCAUUUUUCUUUUUGCCUCUAAUUCUUUCCAGCUCAAAGCUUUUUCAGAUGCGGAUUGGGGAUCCUGUGUUGACAAUCAAAAGUCUACCAUUGGUUUUUGUGUUUCGUUUGUGCCUCCCGCUCUUCUUUUCUGUGACAAUAAUGCAGCCAUUCAUAUUGCCUCUAACUCAAGUUUUCAUGAGCGCACAAAACACAUUGAUCUCGAUGUCAUUUUGUUCGAGAAAAGCUUCUUGAUGGCUCCAUUCGACUGCUCCCUAUCAGGUCUUCUUUGCAAUUAG